AUGAAUAAAUUACGCGCCGUCGCGCCGCGCCUCUCCGUCCAGUGUAAACACGCGCUGCCGCUCCUGCUCCGGGUCUGCGCCGCCGCCCGGGGCGCGCGCGGCCCCCACCCCGCGCCGCGCCCGCUGACGUCACGCGCCGGCACGCCCAACCGCGGGCCUCCGCGCCGCACCGCGCUCCGCCAUUGGCCGGCGGCCGCGGAGCGCGCCCCGCCUGCUCAUCAUUUGAUUUCGGCGUCGCGGCGGCGAAGCACCGCCGGUAGCAGCAGCAGCAGCGGCACCGCCGGCGAACGCAGCCGAGCCCCGCCGAGCGCCGAGUGGCCUCUUCGCCGGCAGCGUCGCGACGCAUCCGCCUCCGGCGCCCAGUCGCCGCCGCCGAUCCGCUGCGCCGCGCCGCGCUGCCCUGCGCCGAUAUUACCCCCUUACCGCUACCGCGCCUACAACCCGCAGCCCGUGGUCGGCGUGCCGCACCACCACGCGCCGCCCUGCGUCAUGGGCGGCGCCGGGCCCGGGGCCCAGCGGCCGCAGCCGCCGCCCGCCGUCUUCCCCGCCAUGAACCUCCAGGGCGACGGGUGGGCCACGGCGUUGGAAGCGGCGGGAGUGGGCGUAAGGAGUAUUGACGGGGCGAGGGUGGUGGCGGCUGCGGGCCCCAUCUGGCUGCAGGCUGCGGGGGCGGAGGCCUCUGGGGGCGGCGGGGGCGGGGAGGGGAGGGCCCGGCCGACAAAUGGCGGCAACGGCAGCGGCGGCCUGCGCUGCUGA